UCGCUGCUGCGGCCGGCUGGUCUUCCCCUCCUCCGGCUCCCAGGGUCACCCCUCCCAGGCCCCCGCUGCAGUGCCUGCCUGAGCCAUGUCUUCCUCAGAUGAAGAAACGCUCAGUGAGCGGUCCUGCCGGAGUGAGCGCUCAUGCCGGAGCGAGAGGUCCUACAGAAGUGAGCGGUCAGGGAGCCUGUCUCCCUGUCCCCCUGGGGACACCUUACCCUGGAACCUGCCACUGCAUGAACAGAAAAAGAGGAAGAGCCAGGAUUCGGUGCUGGACCCUGCCGAGCGUGCUGUGGUCAGAGUUGCUGAUGAACGGGACCGCGUGCAGAAGAAGACAUUCACCAAGUGGGUCAACAAGCACCUGAUGAAGGUGCGCAAGCACAUCAAUGACCUGUACGAAGACCUGCGGGAUGGCCAUAACCUGAUCUCUCUGCUGGAGGUCCUCUCGGGCAUCAAGCUGCCCCGGGAGAAGGGCAGGAUGCGGUUUCAUAGGCUGCAGAAUGUGCAGAUCGCCCUGGACUUUCUAAAGCAGAGACAGGUGAAAUUAGUGAAUAUUCGCAAUGAUGACAUCACAGAUGGCAACCCCAAGCUGACCCUCGGCCUGAUCUGGACCAUUAUUUUGCACUUCCAGAUAUCUGACAUCUACAUUAGUGGAGAGUCAGGAGACAUGUCAGCCAAGGAGAAGCUGCUCCUGUGGACCCAGAAGGUGACAGCUGGUUAUACAGGAAUUAAAUGCACCAACUUCUCCUCCUGCUGGAGCGAUGGGAAGAUGUUUAAUGCGCUGAUUCACAGAUACCGACCUGAUCUGGUAGAUAUGGAAAGGGUACAAAUCCAAAGUAACCGAGAAAAUCUGGAACAGGCUUUCGAAGUGGCUGAAAGACUGGGGGUCACCCGGUUGCUGGAUGCUGAAGAUGUGGAUGUGCCAUCUCCAGAUGAAAAGUCUGUAAUCACUUAUGUGUCUUCAAUUUAUGAUGCCUUCCCUAAAGUCCCCGAGGGUGGAGAAGGGAUCAGUGCUACGGAAGUAGACUCCAGGUGGCAAGAAUACCAAAGCCGAGUGGAUUCCCUCAUCCCCUGGAUCAAACAGCAUACAAUACUGAUGUCAGAUAAAUCUUUUCCCCAGAACCCCGUUGAACUAAAGGCACUUUAUAACCAAUAUAUACACUUCAAAGAAACAGAAAUUCUGGCCAAGGAGAGAGAAAAAGGAAGAAUUGAGGAGUUGUAUAAAUUGUUAGAGGUGUGGAUUGAAUUUGGCCGAAUUAAACUGCCUCAGGGUUAUCAUCCUAAUGAUGUAGAAGAAGAGUGGGGGAAGCUUAUCAUCGAGAUGCUGGAGAGGGAGAAAUCCCUCCGACCCGCAGUGGAGAGGCUGGAACUGCUGCUACAGAUUGCAAAUAAAAUCCAGAACGGUGCUUUGAACUGUGAAGAAAAACUGACACUAGCUAAGAAUACACUGCAGGCUGACGCUGCUCACCUGGAAUCCGGGCAGCCAGUGCAGUGUGAGUCAGACGUCGUCAUGUACAUUCAGGAGUGUGAAGGUCUCAUCAGGCAGCUGCAGGUGGACCUGCAGAUCCUGCGGGAUGAGAAUUACUACCAGCUGGAGGAGCUGGCUUUCAGAGUCAUGCGCCUGCAGGAUGAACUGGUCACCCUGCGUCUGGAGUGCACGAACCUGUAUCGGAAGGGCCAUUUCACUUCACUGGAACUGGCACCACCCUCUACCUUAACCACUACUCACUUGAAAGCAGAACCUUUGACCAAGGGAACCCAUUCUUCCUCUACCUCCUGGUUCCGAAAGCCCAUGACUCGGGCUGAACUUGUAUCUAUCUCUUCUUCUGAAGAUGAAGGCAACCUCCGAUUUGUGUAUGAGCUGCUGUCCUGGGUGGAAGAGAUGCAGAUGAAACUAGAGCGAGCCGAGUGGGGCAGUGACCUGCCCAGUGUGGAGCUGCAGCUGGACACACAGCAGCACGUCCACGCCAGUGUGGAGGCACUGGCUUCCAGCGUCAAGGAGGCCAGGCUCUACGAGGGAAAAAUGUCUCAAAAUUUCCAUACUAGUUAUGUUGAAACUCUUGGAAAGCUGGAGACACAGUAUUGUAAACUGAAGGAGACUUCCAGCUUCCGGAUGAGGCACCUUCAGAGCUUGCAUAAAUUUGUCUCCAGAGCUACAGCUGAGUUGAUCUGGUUGAAUGAGAAGGAGGAGGAGGAACUGGCCUAUGACUGGAGUGACAACAACCCUAAUAUCUCAGCCAAAAGAAAUUACUUCUCUGAGUUGACAAUGGAACUGGAGGAGAAACAGGAUGUGUUUCGGUCUCUGCAAGAUACAGCAGAACUGCUGUCCCUUGAGAAUCACCCAGCCAAGCAGACAGUGGAGGCUUACAGCGCAGCCGUCCAGUCCCAGCUGCAGUGGAUGAAGCAGCUGUGCUUAUGUGUUGAGCAGCACGUGAAAGAGAACACUGCUUACUUUCAGUUUUUCAGCGAUGCUCGUGACCUGGAGUCAUUCUUGAGGAACCUGCAAGACUCCAUCAAACGAAAAUAUUCCUGCGACCACAGCACCAGCUUGUCCCGCCUCGAGGACCUGCUCCAGGACUCCAUGGAUGAAAAGGAGCAGCUUAUACAGUCCAAAAGUUCAGUUGCCAGUCUUGUUGGGAGAUCAAAAACCAUAGUUCAGCUAAAGCCACGCAGUCCUGACCAUGUGCUGAAGAGCACCAUCUCCGUGAAGGCCAUCUGUGACUAUCGGCAGAUUGAGAUCACCAUUUGCAAGAAUGACGAGUGUGUGCUUGAAGAUAAUUCACAGAGGACCAAAUGGAAAGUGAUCAGCCCCACAGGAAAUGAGGCGAUGGUGCCGUCGGUCUGCUUUCUCAUCCCCCCACCUAAUAAGGACGCCACUGAGAUGGCCAGCAGGGUGGAACAGUCUUACCAGAAAGUGAUGGCCCUUUGGCAUCAGCUACACAUUAAUACCAAAAGCCUUAUCUCCUGGAAUUAUUUGAGGAAGGACCUUGACCUUGUAAAGACCUGGAACCUGGACAAGCUUCGGUCCUCAGCACCAGAAGAGUGCCACCAAGUUAUGAAGAACCUCCAGGCCCACUAUGAAGACUUUCUGCAGGACAGCCGUGACUCCGGGCUCUUCUCAGUCACUGACCGACUGCGCUUGGAAGAGGAGGUGGAGGCUUGUAAAACCCACUUCCAGCACCUGAUGAAGUCCAUGGAGAAUGAGGAUAAAGAAGAAACUGUGGCCAAGCUGUACAUUUCAGAGCUAAAGAACAUCCGGCUGCGCCUGGAGGAAUGUGAGCAGAGGCUGGUCAAACGAAUUCAGUCCACAGCCAGUUCUAGGACUGACCAGGAUGCUCGGCAGGACAGUGCACUGAGGAUUGCAGAGCAAGAGCACACCCAGGAGGAUUUACAGCAGCUGAGGUCAGACUUGGAUGCCGUUUCUGUGAAAUGCAACAGCUUUCUCCAUCAGUCCCCAUCUGGUUCGAGUGUACCAGCUCUGCGUUCAGAGCUCAGUCUGCUGGUGGAGAAGAUGGACUGUGUUUACAGUCUUUCCACUGUCUACCUGAAUAAGCUGAAGACGAUUGAUGUUAUAGUGCGUAGCAUCCAGGAUGCUGAGCUCUUGGUGAAAGGUUAUGAAAUCAAGCUGAGUCAGGAAGAAGCAGUGCCAGCGGAUCUCGUGGCUCUGGAGUCCCACCGGUCGACAUUACGGCAUUGGCUUCAUGAUGUGAAAGACAAGAAUUUGGUGUUCUCGGUCUUGGACGAGGAGCUUGCCAAGGCCAAGGUAGUGGCAGACCAGCUGAGCCGGCUGAUCCCAGAGCGGAACCUGGAUUUGGAGCGCUUUCAGGAGAAAGGCUCCCAGCUACAGGAGCGUUGGCACCGGGUCAUGGCCCAGCUUGAAACCCGCCAAUCUGAGUUAGAAAGUAUCCAGGAAGUUCUAGGAGAUUACCGAGCCUGCCACGGAACGCUCAUCAAGUGGAUUGAAGAAACCACUGCGCAGCAGGAGAUGAUGAAGCCGGGCCAAGCAGAGGACAGCAGAGUGCUGUCCGAGCAGCUCAGCCAGCAGACGGAUCUGUUUGCAGAAAUUGAGAGAAAUCAGACAAAACUGGACCAGUGUCAAAAAUAUUCCCAGCAGUACUCCACUAUUGUAAAGGACUAUGAAUUGCAGCUGAUGACCUAUAAGGCCUUUGUGGAAUCACAGCAGAAGUCCCCGGGGAAGCGCCGCCGCAUGCUCUCUUCUUCCGACGCCAUCACACAAGAGUUCAUGGACCUGAGGACUCGCUACACGGCCUUGGUGACCCUGACAACUCAGCAUGUGAAAUACAUCAGCGAUGCACUCCGGCGGCUGGAGGAGGAGGAGAAAGUGGUAGAAGAAGAAAAACAGGAGCAUGUGGAGAAGGUUAAAGAACUUUUGGGCUGGGUUUCUACCCUAGCAAAGAAUACCCAAAGCAAAGCUACCUCAUCCCAGACCAAAGAUUCAACAGACAUCGAGAAAGCUAUUUCAGAUCAGCAGGUUCUGGCAGAGGAGCUGACCACCAAGAGAGAGCAAGUCUCUGAGGCUAUUAAAACCUCACAGAUCUUCUUGGCCAAGCAUGGUCAUAAGCUUUCCGAGAAAGAGAAGGAACAGAUAUCUGAGCAGUUGGAUGCCCUGAAUAAAACUUACCAUGACCUUUGUGAUGGUUCAGCAAACCAGCUUCAACAACUCCAGAGCCAGUUAGCUCAACAGACAGAACAAAAGACCCUGCAGAAACAGCAAACUACCUGUCACCAGAAACUGGAGGAUCUUUGCAGCUGGGUAGAACAGGCGAAAAGAGCACUGGUGGUCCAUCAGGGUAGAGCCACCCAGCAGGGUCUCUCUGCUUUGCAGAAAAAUCAAAGCGACUUGAAGGGUCUGCAGGAUGACAUGCAGAGCCAUGCCGCCUCGUUUGCCAGUGUUGUCAAAGACAUUGAAGGGUUCCUGGAAGAGAAUCAGAGCAAGCUGAGCCCUGAUGAGUUGGCCGCUCUUCGGGAGAAACUCCAUCAGGCCAAGGAGCAAUAUGAGGCUCUCCAGGACCAGGCUCGGGUGGCCCAGAAGGAGCUGGAGGAAGUCGUGACCUCAGCCUUACAGGAGGAGACUGAAAAGAGUCAAGCUGCAAAGGAACUGGCAGAGAACAGGAGUAAGAUUGAUGCUCUCCUGGAUUGGGUGGCUUCAGUGGGAGCAUCUGAUGGCCAGAGGGAGCCCCUCACAGGAGCUCACCCACAGAAAGGCGCCUUGGAUACAACCGAUGGUCACGUGGGGGUGAACCACGCACCAGAGGAACUGGACCAGCAGUGUGCGAAGUUGAAGGCUCGUCACCAAGAAUUGCUGUCUCAGCAACAGAAUUUCAUCUUGGCCACCCAGUCAGCUCAGGCCUUCCUGGACCAGCAUGGCCACAAUCUCAUACCCGAGGAACGGCAGAUGCUGCAAGAGAAGCUAGGAUUGCUGAAGGAACAGUAUGCGACUUCCCUGGCCCAGUCAGAGGCAGAGCUGAAGCAGGUGCAGACACUACGGGAUGAGCUGCAGAAGUUUCUGCAGGAUCAUAAAGAAUUUGAAACCUGGCUGGAACGGUCUGAGAAGGAGCUGGAGAACAUGCAUAAAGGAGACAGCAGCCCUGAAGCCCUUCCCUCCCUGCUAAAGCGUCAGGGGAGCUUCUCAGAAGAUGUCAUUUCCCAUAAAGGAGACUUGAGAUUUGUCACUAUCUCAGGACAGAAAGUCUUGGACACAGAAAAUAACUUUGAGGAAGGCAGAGAAUGCUCAGCAACUGGAGCCUUAGUGAAGGAUAAGCUGAAGGAUGCUACGGAGAGAUACACUACUCUCCACUCAAAGUGUGCACGACUGGGUGCUCACCUGAACAUGCUACUAGGCCAGUAUCAGCAGUUCCAGAGCAGUGCUGACAGCCUGCAGACCUGGAUGCAGGCUUGUGAGGCCAAUGUGGAGAGGCUUCUCUCAGACACUGUUGCUUCUGACCCUACAGUCCUACAAAAGCAGCUUGCAACAACCAAGCAGUUGCAGGAAGAAUUGGCUGAACAUCAAGUGCCUGUAGAAAAACUCCAAAAAGUGGCUCGUGACCUCAUGGAAAUUGAAGGGGAGCCAGCCCCAGACCACAAGCAUAUUCAAGAAACUACAGAUUCCAUACUCAGCCAUUUCCAAAGCCUCUCCAGUAGCCUGGCUGAACGCUCUGCUCUGCUGCAGAAGGCAAUUGCCCAGUCUCAGAGUGUCCAAGAAAGCUUGGAGAGCUUGCUGCAGUCCAUCAGGGAAGUUGAAAAAAACCUGGAAGAGAAGCAAGUGGCAUCACUGUCAUCGGGAGUUAUCCAAGAAGCCUUGGCCACCAACAUGAAACUGAAGCAGGACAUUGCCCGGCAAAAGAGCAGCUUAGAUGCCACCCGGGAGAUGGUGACCCAGUUCAUGGAGACAGCAGACAGCACCACGGCAGUGGGACUGCAGGGCAAGCUGGUAGAGGUCAGCCAGCGCUUCGAACAGCUCUGUCUACAGCAGCAAGAGAAAGAGAGCUCCCUGAAGAAGCUUCUGCCCCAGGCAGAGAUGUUUGAACACCUCUCUGAUAAGCUUCAGCUGUUCAUGGAAAACAAAAGCCGGAUGCUGGCCUCUGGAAAUCAGCCAGAUCAAGAUAUUGCACAUUUCUCCCAACAGAUCCAGGAGCUCAAUUUGGAAAUGCAAGACCAGCAGGAGAAUCUUUCUACUCUUGAGCACCUGGUUGAUGAACUGGGCUCCUGUGGAUUUGCUCUGGACCUGUCCCAGCACCAGGACAGGGUCCAAAGCCUAAAGAAGGACUUCGCAGAGCUGCAAAAGACAGUUAAAGAACGAGAGGAAGAUGCAUCAUCUUGCCAGCAACAAUUGGAUGAAUUUCGGAAGCUGGUUAGGACCUUCCAGAAAUGGCUGAAGGAAACAGAAGGAAACAUUCCACCUACAGAAACUUUCAUGAGUACUAAAGAACUGGAAAAGCAGAUUGAAUACCUAAAGGGUCUUCUAGAUGAUUGGUCAAGUAAGGGAACUUUGGUGGAAGAAAUCAAUUGCAAAGGCACUUCUUUAGAAAAUCUCAUCGUGGAGAUCACAGCACCUGAUUCCCAAGCUAAGACAGGUUCCAUACUGCCCUCUGUAGGAAGCUCUGUAGGCAGUGUAAACGGAUACCACACCUGCAAAGAUCUGACGGAGAUCCAGUGUGACAUGUCAGAUGUAAACCUGAAAUAUGAGAAACUGGGGGGAGUGCUUCGGGAACGCCAGGAAAGCCUUCAGGCUGUCCUCAGCAGGACACAAGAAGUUCAGAAGGAGGCAAGCGCAAUGCUGCAGUGGCUGGAAUCCAAAGAGGAAGUUCUGAAAGCCAUGGAUGCUUCAUCAUCUCCCACUAAGACAGAAACCGUGAAAGCCCAGGCGGAAUCUAACAAGGCCUUCCUGUCUGAACUGGAACAGAAUUCUCCAAACAUCCAAAAAGUAAAGGAAGCCCUUGCUGGAUUACUGAUGACCUAUCCGAACUCUCAAGAAGCAGAGAACUGGAAGAAAAUGCAGGAGGAGCUCAAUUCCCGAUGGGAAAGGGCCACCGAGGUGACUGUGGCUCGACAAAGGCAGCUGGAGGAGUCUGCGAGUCAUCUGGCCUCCUUCCAGGCUGCGGAAUCCCAGCUCCGGCCCUGGCUGAUGGAGAAGGAACUGAUGAUGGGGGUGCUGGGGCCCCUGUCUAUCGACCCCAACAUGCUGAAUGCACAAAAGCAGCAGGUCCAGUUUAUGCUGAAGGAAUUUGAAGCACGCAGGCAGCAGCACGAGCAGCUGAAUGAGGCAGCUCAGGGCAUCCUAACAGGCCCUGGAGACGUCUCUCCAUGCCCCAGCCAAGUACAGAAAGAGCUCCAGAGCAUCAAUCAGAAGUGGGUUGAGCUGACUGACAAACUCAACUCCCGUUCCAGCCAAAUUGACCAAGCCAUUGUCAAAAGCACCCAGUACCAGGAACUGUUACAGGACUUGUCACAGAAGGUGAAGGCUGUCGGACAGCGACUGAGUGGCCAGUCGGCCAUCAGCACCCAACCUGAGGCUGUAAAGCAGCAACUUGAGGAGACCAGUGAGAUUCGCUCCGAUGUGGAGCAAUUAGACCAUGAGAUUAAGGAGGCACAGACACUCUGCGAUGAGCUCUCAGUGCUCAUUGGUGAGCAGUACCUCAAGGAUGAGCUAAAGAAACGUCUGGAGACAGUGGCUCUACCUCUCCAAGGUUUAGAAGACCUGGCAGCUGAUCGCAUGAACAGACUCCAGGCGGCUCUUGCCAGCACUCAACAGUUCCAGCAAAUGUUUGAUGAGCUGAGAACCUGGUUGGAUGACAAACAAAGCCAGCAAGCAAAAAACUGCCCAAUUUCUGCAAAACUGGAAAGGCUACAGACUCAACUCCAGGAGAAUGAAGAAUUUCAGAAGAGCCUUAACCAACACAGUGGUUCCUAUGAGGUGAUUGUGGCUGAAGGAGAAUCUCUGCUGCUUUCUGUGCCUCCUGGAGAAGAGAAAAAGACUUUGCAAAACCAGUUGGUUGAACUCAAAAGCCACUGGGAAGAACUCAGUAAAAAAACUGCAGACAGACAAUCCAGGCUCAAGGACUGUAUGCAAAAAGCUCAGAAAUUCCAGUGGCAUGUAGAAGACCUUGUGCCGUGGAUAGAAGAUUGCAAAGCCAAGAUGUCUGAUUUGCGGGUCACUCUGGACCCAGUGCAGCUGGAGACCAAUCUCCUGAGGUCAAAAGCUAUGCUGAGUGAAGUGGAAAAACGCCGCUCCCUCCUGGAAAUACUGAACAGCGCUGCUGACAUUCUGAUCAAUUCCUCAGAAACAGAUGAGGAUGAUAUCCGGGAUGAAAAGGCCGGGAUCAACCAGAACAUGGAUUCCAUUACAGAAGAGCUACAGGCCAGAACAGGGUCCCUUGAAGAGAUGACCCAGAGGCUCAAGGAGUUCCAGGAAAGCUUUAAGAAUAUUGAAAAGAAGGUUGAAGGGGCCAAACACCAACUUGAGAUCUUUGAUGCACUAGGUUCUCAAGCCUGUAGCAACAAGAACCUGGAGAAGCUGCGUGCUCAGCAGGAAGUGCUGCAGGCCCUGGAGCCUCAGGUAGACUACCUGAGGAACUUCACUCAGGGCCUGGUGGAAGACGCCCCGGAUGGAUCUGAUGCUUCCCAACUUUUACAGCAGGCCAAGGUCACCCAGCAGGAGUUCUUAGAAGUGAAAGAAAGAGUGAACACUAGUUGCAUGGCAAUGGAAAACAAGCUGGAGGGGAUUGGGCAGUUUCACUGCCGAGUCCGGGAGAUGUUUUCUCAGUUGGCCGACCUGGACGAUGAGCUCGAUGGCAUGGGUGCUAUUGGCAGAGACACCGACAGCCUCCAGUCCCAAAUUGAGGAUGUACGGCUGUUCCUCAACAAAAUCCAAGCCCUCAGGUCUGACAUAGAAGCCUCUGAAGCAGAAUGCCGACAAAUGCUGGAGGAAGAGGGGACUCUGGACUUGUUAGGUCUCAAGAGGGAGCUAGAAGCCCUGAACAAACAGUGCGGCAAACUGACAGAGAGGAGUAAAGCUCGCCAGGAACAGCUGGAGCUGACCCUGGACCGGGUGGAGGACUUCUAUAGGAAGCUGAAAGGACUCAAUGACAUGACCACGGCAGCCGAGGAGAGCGAAGCCCUCCAGUGGGUAGUGGGUACCGAAGUGGACAUCAUCAACCAACAACUGGCAGAUUUUAAGAUGUUUCAGAAAGAACAGGUGGAUCCUCUUCAGAUGAAAUUGCAGCAGGUGAAUGGACUUGGCCAGGGAUUGAUUCAGAGUGCCGGGAAAAACUGUGAUGUGCAGGGUCUGGAACAUGACAUGGAAGAGAUCAACACCCGAUGGAACACUCUGAAUAAAAAGGUUGCACAAAGGAUCGCACAACUGCAGGAGGCUUUGUUGCAUUGUGGGAAGUUUCAGGAUGCCUUGGAGCCGCUGCUCAGCUGGCUGGCAGACACCGAGGAGCUCAUAGCCAAUCAGAAACCUCCAUCUGCUGAGUAUAAAGUGGUGAAAGCACAGAUCCAGGAACAGAAGUUACUCCAGCGGCUCCUAGAUGAUCGAAAGGCCACUGUGGACAUGCUUCAAGCAGAAGGAGGUAGGAUAGCCCAGUCUGCAGAGCUGGCUGAUAGAGAGAAAAUCACCGGGCAGCUGGAGAGUCUUGAAAGUAGAUGGACUGGACUGCUCAACAAGGCAGCGGCCAGGCAAAAACAGCUGGAAGAUAUCCUGAUUCUGGCCAAGCAAUUCCAUGAGACAGCUGAGCCUAUUUCUGACUUCUUAUCCGUCACAGAGAAAAAGCUUGCUAACUCAGAACCAGUCGGCACUCAGACUGCUAAAAUACAGCAGCAGAUCAUUCGACACAAGGCUCUGGAGGAAGAAAUAGAAAGCCAUGCAGCAGAUGUGCACCAGGCAGUCAAAAUUGGGCAGUCCCUCUCCUCCCUGACGUGUUCUGCAGAACAGGGGGUGCUGGCUGAAAAGCUAGACUCAUUGCAGGCUCGGUACAGUGAGAUUCAAGACCGGUGCUGUCGGAAAGCAGCCCUGCUUGAGCAAGCACUGUCCAAUGCUAGGCUCUUCGGGGAGGAUGAGGUGGAGGUGCUCAACUGGCUGGCUGAGGUUGAGGACAAGCUGAGUUCAGUGUUCGUAAAGGAUUACAGACAGGAUGUCCUGCAGAAGCAGCACGCUGGCCACCUGGCUUUGAAUGAAGAGAUUAUUAAUAGAAAGAAGAAUGUAGAUCAAGCUAUUAAAAAUGGGCAGGCGCUUCUGAAACAAACCACAGGUGAGGAGGUGUUGCUUAUCCAAGAGAAACUGGAUGGAAUAAAGACCCGCUAUGCAGACAUUACAGUCACCAGCUCCAAGGCCCUCAGAACUUUAGAGCAAGCCCGGCAGCUGGCCACCAAGUUCCAGUCUACCUAUGAGGAACUGACCACAUGGCUGAGGGAAGUAGAGGAGGAACUGGCAGCCAGCGGAGGGCAGUCUCCCACAGGGGAGCAAAUACCCCAGUUUCAACAAAGACAGAAGGAAUUGAAGAAGGAGGUCAUGGAGCACCGGCUAGUGUUGGACACAGUGAAUGAGGUGAGCCGUGCCCUCCUAGAGCUGGUGCCCUGGAGAGCCAGAGAAGGGCUGGAUAAACUUGUGUCCGAUGCCAAUGAGCAGUACAAGCUUAUCAGUGACACUGUUGGACAAAGGGUGGAUGAAAUUGAUGCUGCUAUUCAGAGAUCACAACAGUAUGAGCAAGCUGCCGAUGCAGAACUAGCUUGGGUGGCUGAAACAAAACGAAAACUGAUGGCCCUGGGCCCAAUUCGCCUAGAGCAGGAUCAGACGACAGCUCAGCUGCAGGUACAGAAGGCCUUCUCCAUUGAUAUCAUUCGACAUAAGGAUUCCAUGGAUGAACUCUUCAGUCAUCGUGGUGAAAUCUUUGGCACAUGUGGAGAAGAGCAGAAAGCCCUAUUACAGGAAAAGACAGAGUCUCUAAUACAGCAAUAUGAAGCUGUUAGUCUCCUGAAUUCAGAGCGCUAUGCACGCCUCGAGCGAGCGCAGGUCUUGGUGAACCAGUUCUGGGAGACGUACGAGGAGCUCAGCCCUUGGAUUGAGGAGACUCGGGCCCUGAUAGCUCAGCUGCCUCCGCCUGCCAUUGACCAUGAGCAGCUCAGGCAGCAGCAGGAGGAGAUGAGGCAACUAAGGGAAUCCAUUGCUGAACACAAACCUCAUAUUGAUAAGCUGUUAAAGAUAGGCCCACAACUAAAGGAAUUAAACCCUGAAGAGGGGGAAAUGGUGGAAGAAAAAUACCAGAAAGCAGAAAAUAUGUAUGCCCAAAUAAAAGAGGAGGUGCGCCAGCGGGCCCUGGCUCUGGAUGAAGCUGUUUCCCAGUCAGCUCAGAUUACGGAGUUCCAUGAUAAAAUCGAGCCCAUGUUGGAAACUCUGGAGAAUCUUUCCUCUCGCCUGCGUAUGCCACCACUGAUCCCCGCUGAAGUGGACAAGAUCAGAGAGUGUAUUAGUGACAACAAGAGUGCCACUGUGGAGCUGGAAAAGCUGCAGCCUUCCUUCGAGGCCUUGAAGCGCCGGGGAGAAGAGCUUAUCGGGAGAUCUCAGGGAGCUGACAAGGAUCUGGCUGCAAAAGAAAUCCAGGACAAAUUAGAUCAGAUGGUUUUCUUCUGGGAAGAUAUCAAAGCUCGGGCUGAAGAGCGAGAAAUUAAGUUCCUAGAUGUCCUUGAGCUGGCAGAAAAGUUCUGGUACGACAUGGCAGCGCUUCUGACCACCAUCAGGGACACCCAGGACAUCGUCCAUGACCUGGAAAGCCCAGGCAUCGACCCAUCCAUCAUCAAACAGCAGGUUGAAGCUGCUGAGACAAUUAAGGAAGAGACAGAUGGUCUGCAUGAGGAAUUGGAGUUUAUUCGAAUCCUUGGAGCAGAUUUGAUUUUUGCCUGUGGAGAAACCGAGAAGCCUGAAGUGAAGAAGAGCAUUGAUGAGAUGAAUAAUGCCUGGGAGAACUUAAACAAAACAUGGAAAGAGAGGCUAGACAAGCUCGAGGAUGCCAUGCAAGCCGCUGUGCAGUACCAGGACACGCUUCAGGCCAUGUUUGACUGGCUAGAUAACACCGUGAUUAAGCUCUGCACCAUGCCCCCAGUUGGCACCGACCUCAACACUGUUAAAGAUCAGUUAAAUGAAAUGAAGGAGUUCAAAGUGGAAGUUUACCAACAGCAAAUUGAGAUGGAGAAGCUCAACCACCAAGGUGAACUAAUGUUAAAGAAAGCUACUGAUGAAACAGACCGAGACAUUAUACGAGAGCCACUGACAGAGCUCAAACACCUUUGGGAGAACCUGGGUGAGAAAAUCGCCCACAGACAGCAUAAGCUCGAAGGUGCUCUCUUGGCCCUCGGCCAGUUCCAGCAUGCCUUGGAGGAGCUAAUGAGUUGGCUGACUCACACUGAAGAGUUGUUAGAUGCUCAGAGACCAAUCAGUGGAGACCCAAAAGUCAUUGAAGUUGAGCUUGCGAAGCACCAUGUUCUUAAAAAUGAUGUUUUGGCGCAUCAAGCCACAGUGGAAACAGUCAACAAAGCUGGCAAUGAACUUCUUGAAUCCAGUGCUGGCGAUGAUGCCAGCAGCUUACGGAGCCGCUUGGAAACGAUGAACCGGUGCUGGGAGUCAGUGUUACAGAAAACAGAGGAGAGGGAGCAGCAGCUGCAGUCGACACUGCAGCAGGCUCAGGGCUUCCACAGUGAAAUUGAAGAUUUCCUCUUGGAACUGACCAGAAUGGAGACCCAACUUUCUGCAUCUAAGCCCACAGGAGGACUUCCUGAAACUGCUAGAGAACAGCUUGAUACACAUAUGGAACUCUAUUCCCAGCUCAAAGCCAAGGAAGAGACUUAUAAUCAACUGUUGGACAAGGGCAGGCUCAUGCUUCUAAGCCGUGGCGAUUCUGGGUCUGGCUCAAAAACAGAGCAGAGUGUAGCUCUCCUGGAACAGAAGUGGCGUGUGGUCAGCAGCAAGAUGGAAGAAAGAAAGUCAAAGCUGGAAGAGGCCCUCCACCUGGCAACAGAAUUCCAGAAUUCCCUACAAGAAUUUAUCAACUGGCUCACCCUAGCAGAGCAGAGUUUGAACAUCGCUUCUCCUCCCAGCCUGAUUCUGAACACCGUCCUUUCCCAGAUAGAGGAGCACAAGGUUUUUGCUAAUGAAGUAAAUGAUCAUCGAGAUCAGAUCAUUGAGUUGGAUCAAACUGGGAAUCAGUUAAAGUUUCUUAGCCAAAAACAAGACGUUGUUCUGAUCAAGAAUUUGCUGGUUAGCGUCCAGUCCCGAUGGGAGAAGGUUGUCCAGCGGUCUAUUGAAAGAGGACGAUCACUAGAUGAUGCCAGGAAGCGGGCAAAACAAUUCCAUGAAGCUUGGAAAAAGCUGAUCGACUGGCUAGAAGAUGCAGAGAGUCACCUGGACUCAGAACUGGAAAUCUCCAAUGACCCAGACAAAAUCAAACUUCAGCUCUCUAAGCAUAAGGAGUUCCAGAAAACUCUCGGUGGCAAACAGCCUGUGUAUGAUACCACAAUUAGAACUGGCAGAGCACUGAAAGAAAAGACGUUGCUUCCUGAUGACACUCACAAACUGGACAACUUAUUGGGGGAAGUCAGAGACAAAUGGGAUACUGUUUGUGGCAAGUCUGUGGAGAGGCAGCACAAGUUGGAGGAGGCUCUCCUGUUCUCGGGCCAGUUCAUGGACGCUCUGCAGGCCUUGGUUGACUGGUUGUACAAGGUGGAGCCUCAGCUGGCCGAGGACCAGCCCGUGCAUGGGGACCUGGACCUGGUCAUGAAUCUCAUGGAUGCCCAUAAGGUUUUCCAGAAGGAGCUGGGAAAGCGAACGGGAACUGUUCAGGUGCUGAAGCGGUCUGGGCGCGAGCUGAUCGAGAAUAGCCGUGAUGACACCACAUGGGUGAGGGGCCAGCUCCAGGAACUGAGCACCCGCUGGGACACUGUGUGCAAACUCUCCGUCUCCAAACAAAGCCGCCUUGAGCAGGCGUUAAAGCAGGCAGAAGAGUUUCGAGACACUGUCCACAUGCUGUUGGAGUGGCUUUCUGAAGCAGAGCAAACACUUCGCUUUCGGGGGGCACUUCCUGACGACACAGAGGCUCUGCAGUCUCUCAUUGACACCCACAAGGAAUUCAUGCAGAAAGUAGAAGAAAAGCGAGUGGAUGUGACCACAGCAGUAGCCAUGGGAGAAGCCAUCUUGGCCGUCUGCCAUCCCGACUGCAUCACCACUAUCAAACACUGGAUCACCAUCAUCCGCGCUCGCUUUGAGGAGGUCCUGACCUGGGCUAAGCAGCACCAGCAGCGUCUUGAAACAGCCCUGUCAGAACUGGUGGCUAACGCUGAGCUCUUGGAAGAACUUCUGGCGUGGAUCCAGUGGGCCGAGACCACCCUCAUUCAGCGGGAUCAGGAGCCAAUCCCUCAGAACAUUGACCGAGUCAAAGCCCUUAUCACGGAGCAUCAGGCAUUUAUGGAGGAGAUGACUCGAAAACAACCUGACGUGGACCGGGUCACCAAGACAUACAAGAGGAAGAACACAGAGCCGGCCCACGCGCCUUUCAUUGAGAAGUCCCGCAGCGGCAGCAGGAAGUCCUUGAAUCAGCCAGCACCGCCUCCCAUGCCAAUCCUGUCACAGUCUGAAGCAAAAAACCCACGGAUCAACCAGCUUUCUGCCCGCUGGCAGCAGGUGUGGCUGCUCGCGCUGGAGCGGCAGCGGAAGCUGAACGACGCCCUGGACAGGCUGGAGGAGCUGAAGGAAUUUGCCAACUUUGACUUUGAUGUCUGGAGGAAAAAGUAUAUGCGGUGGAUGAAUCACAAAAAGUCCCGGGUAAUGGAUUUCUUCCGUCGAAUCGACAAGGACCAGGAUGGGAAGAUAACGCGUCAGGAGUUCAUCGACGGCAUUCUGGCAUCCAAAUUCCCUACUACCAAAUUAGAGAUGACUGCCGUUGCUGACAUUUUUGACCGAGAUGGAGAUGGCUACAUUGAUUACUAUGAAUUCGUGGCCGCUCUUCAUCCCAACAAGGAUGCUUACCGGCCAACUACCGAUGCUGAUAAAAUUGAAGAUGAGGUCACAAGACAAGUGGCUCAGUGCAAAUGUGCAAAAAGGUUUCAGGUGGAACAGAUUGGAGAGAAUAAAUACCGGUUCGGGGACUCCCAGCAGCUGCGGCUGGUCCGCAUCCUGCGCAGCACGGUGAUGGUGCGCGUCGGAGGAGGCUGGAUGGCGCUGGACGAGUUCCUGGUGAAGAACGACCCCUGCCGAGCACGAGGCAGAACUAACAUCGAACUUCGAGAGAAAUUCAUCCUCCCAGAAGGGGCUUCGCAGGGAAUGACACCUUUCCGGUCACGCGGGCGAAGAUCGAAGCCAUCCUCUCGGGCAGCUUCCCCUACCCGCUCCAGCUCAAGUGCCAGUCAGAGUAACCACAGCUGUACGUCCAUGCCGUCUUCUCCAGCCACCCCAGCCAGUGGUACCAAGGUUAUCCCAUCAACAGGCAGCAAAUUGAAACGACCAACACCGACUUUUCAUUCUAGUCGAACCUCCCUCACCGGUGACACUAGCAAUAGUUCUUCCCCAGCCUCCACAGGUGCCAAAACCAACCGGGCAGACCCCAAAAAGUCAGCCAGUCGCCCUGGGAGCCGGGCCGGCAGCCGGGCCGGCAGCCGGGCCAGCAGCCGGCGGGGAAGUGAUGCCUCCGACUUUGACCUGCUGGAGACGCAGUCGGCCUGUUCAGACACGUCAGAGAGCAGCGCCACGGGGGCCCAGGGCUCCCGGAGAGGGCUCGGCAAGCCGUCCAAGAUCCCGACCAUGUCCAAGAAGACCACCACUGCCUCCCCCAGGACUCCGGGCCCCAAGCGGUAACACGGCACAAGCACCCCAGGCCUCCGUCCACUUUGAAUCCUACUCCACACAUUGGGUGUAUAUUUAUUCUGAAUGGGAGAAGUUAUAUUGUUAAAAGUGUAAAAGAAUACUUGUGUUAUGAAGCUGCCUUAUUUUUUUUCUUUUUGUAAGUUACUAUUUUCCUGUGAAUAUUUAUGUAGAUAAAAUUUGCCUCCUGGUACCCCUGUGAUGGAUGGGGCCCAGAAAUGAAAUAUUUGGGAAAAAAAAAAAAACACAAAUGAAAAGGUCAAAG